CUCUCUCUCUCUCUCUCCCCACCUCCCCUGCCUGUCCUAACCCAAGUGCGCUCUCUCUCUCUCUCUCUCUCUCUGUGAGUGCGAGGUAAGCGAGAAAUCACCAGAGAACAUGGGUUGGUGUCCCUGCUCUGGGAAAUCAAAGAAAACCACAAAGAAGAAGCACAGCACUAAAUCGGACUAUCAGAUCCAAUCAACUUCAGACAAACUGAAGGUAAAGCCGGCCUUCAAUGUAAGUAAGGAGGGGGAUAAGGAUGGAGGGUCUGAUCACAUUGCUGCUCACACUUUCACAUUUCGUGAACUGGCUUCUGCAACGAAGAAUUUCAGGUCAGACUGCCUCUUGGGAGAAGGCGGUUUUGGCAGAGUAUAUAAAGGGCGUUUGGAGGGUACAAAUCAGGUUGUUGCUAUUAAGCAACUUGAUCGCAAUGGGCUGCAAGGGAACAGGGAAUUUCUGGUCGAAGUCUUGAUGCUAAGCCUACUUCACCAUCCUAAUCUUGUAAAUUUAAUUGGUUAUUGUGCUGAUGGCGACCAAAGGCUAUUAGUUUAUGAAUAUAUGCCAUUGGGUUCUUUGGAAGAUCAUUUGCAUGACCUACCGCCAGACAGAAAGCGACUUGACUGGAGUACAAGAAUGAGAAUAGCUGCAGGCGCUGCGAAGGGUUUGGAGUAUUUGCAUGAUAAAGCCAAUCCCCCAGUCAUAUAUCGUGAUUUAAAAUGCUCGAAUAUCCUACUUGAUGAAGGUUAUCACCCCAAAUUAUCUGAUUUUGGUUUGGCCAAACUGGGUCCUGUUGGGGACAAGACUCAUGUAUCUACCAGAGUAAUGGGAACCUAUGGGUACUGUGCACCUGAAUAUGCAAUGACUGGGCAGCUUACGUUAAAAUCCGAUGUUUAUAGCUUCGGAGUGGUCCUUCUAGAAAUUAUCACUGGUAGAAAAGCAAUUGAUAACUCAAAAGCUGCUGGGGAGCACAAUUUGGUUGCAUGGGCCCGUCCCUUAUUUCGAGAUCGGAGGAAGUUUUCACAGAUGGCUGACCCGACACUGCAAGGGCAAUACCCGGCGAGAGGCUUAUACCAAGCUCUUGCUGUGGCCGCUAUGUGUGUUCAGGAGCAGCCUAACAUGAGGCCAGUCAUUGCAGAUGUGGUGACGGCGCUUAGUUAUCUAGCUUCCCAAAUGUACGACCCAGAUUCGGAGUCGGCUCAGAGUUUCCGUUCAAGUUCCUCCACUCCCAGAGCAAGAAGAGAUCAGUGAAAGGGAAAAAAGACAUUGUUGCAUUAACAUCACCGUUCAGAGGGAAUAGAAAUCGACGCCACAAUUGCUCUGUGGCUUCUUCAUGUGAGAAAGUUGAACUUCCUGGCCUUGUCUGUGAUUCAGAGGUCAUUCUGAUGGAGUUCUUUUUAAGAAAUUGCAGCGCUGCACAAAAAAUGGGAUUUUCAGUCCAGUCUAGAUGGUUGGUCAGAUGGAAUGCCAGUAGUUGCUUUGGCUG